CUCAGCUCAACCCUUGGCGGCGCGGCGCUGAUCUGCCAAACGUGACCUGCCCCAGAGAAUGCCGGUCGUCGACUUCCCUUGAGAGGAAAUCCCAGACGGUACUUCCUUUUAAUCUGUCACAGCAUAUCUGAUUCUUCAAUUAUGACAUCCACGGUUGAAGGGUGUGUUGGUCCCAGUGAGCUUCACCUAAAGAAAGAACUUACUGCCCUGCGAAAGGCACGGUUCUUGCGUGAUCCUGAAACAUGCUCAUCCUGGAGAGGCCCAAUGAGUUCUAGGUCAUGCAUGACAAAUUCUAGCAUUAUGAAUCACCAUGAGAUUUUUGGUAAUUUAACACAAAAGAACACAGAGCCAGCCAUCGUGCCUCCAAAAAGUGAAAAGAAAAGGAAAAAUGUUUAUCUAUACAAUUGGAGGCAUCACUCUAACAAAUCCAGUGAAAGUGGGAUAAAGUUUGACGAGGACAAUAUGAGCCUGGAAAGCCCGUGCAUUUCUAAUGUUAUGGACUCUAGGAGUGACACAUGUCUGGAUGUUCCUGUUAGCAUAUACAGUGUCCAAGGCUCAAACUCAGGCACUCCUGUUAAAAGAACUGUUAGGAGGGUGAGGAGGAGUUCAUUCUCAAAGAAGGGAGCAAUGAGAAAUUCAACAGUUUCAAAGUUGCUAGACCUCCAUGUUAACUCUGGUGAGCAAUCUGAGGAUACAGAGACUUAUAACUCGGAGAAUCACGAGCUGCUUCAGAAGGCAGGCUACUUUUCUCGCUCUACAUCACCGCUGUUUCCUGCUUCUGGAUGUCUCAGCUCAUCGAAUCCCUCUAAGCUGUUGAAAAUGGCAAGAAGAGAAGGGUCUUCCUUUUCUUGCACUCCGGUCUCUACUAGUUCUUACUACAGGUACAGAGGCAGGAAUCCCAGCACUGUCGGUUCAUGGGAUGCAACAACUGCUGCUUCACUUGAUGAAGAUGGGCUGAGAAGUCAAAGGUGUGCCAUUCCAUAUUGGUCAAAGAGGAGUAAACAUAAAGGAUCUGAAAGAAGUUGUUCUCCUUCAUUAUCUGAUACACUUAGAAGAAAAGGAAGCAGUCUGUUGUGUGGAAGUCGGACAAUGCACAGAAGGAAGAGAUCAUCUGGCUCCAAUAAAUGUGGAUAUCUUAAAAAAUCUUCCCAAGGUGAGCCACUCUUGGGGGACAGUUGCCAUUUUUCGUAUUCAUCAUUUGAUUCAGCAAGCGAGGGAGUUUCAACCAUAUUUGGAGAACUAGAUUUAGAAGCUUUAAGCCGAUUAGAUGGCAGAAGGUGGUCAAGCUGUAAAAGUCAGGAUGGAAUUGCUCUGCCUGUGAGUGGGGCUGAUCAUGCAGUUUCAGACCAGAGAAGCUUGAGCCAGAAGUACCGGCCAAGGUCAUAUCAUGAAAUAGUUGGUCAAAACUUUGUAGUACAGUCACUUAGUAAUGCUAUCAUAAGGGAGAGAAUAGCCCCAGCAUAUCUGUUUCAUGGGCCUCGUGGGACAGGAAAGACUUCUGCCGCGAGAAUAUUGUCCGCAGCUUUAAGCUGCAUUGCUAAUGGAGAGAAUAAGCCCUGUGGGACUUGUGUGGAGUGUACUGACUUCUUCGCCGGAAAUGGAAUUAAUCUAAUUGAAGUUGAUGCUAGCAAUAGAAAAGGUAUAAACAGAAUUAGGCACUUGAUUGAAAAUAUACCAGCAUCAGCAACUUCUUCGCAAUACAAGGUGUUUGUUGUUGAUGAAUGCCAUAUGGUAUCUUCUAAAGUCUGGUCAGCAUUCAUGAAAUUUCUUGAUGAACCAUUACCUCGUGUUGUCUUUAUAUUCAUAACAAUAGACCCUGAAAACCUCCCUCGGGCUGUCAUAUCACGUUGUCAGAAAUACAUGUUUUCAAAGAUCAAAGACAUUGACAUAGUAUGCCGGUUGAGGAAAAUCGCUGUCAAGGAAAAUCUUGAUAUUGAAUUGGCAGCUUUAGAUUUAAUAGCGCUAAAUUCAGAUGGAUCGCUAAGAGAUGCAGAGACAAUGUUAGAUCAGUUGAGUUUACUGGGGAAGAAGAUAACACCUUCACUUGUAAAUGAUCUGGUUGGGGUUGUUUCAGAGGAGAAUUUGCUUGAUCUUCUAGAGAUAGCCAUGUCAUCAGACACUGCUGAAACAGUCAAAAGGUCCAGAGAACUGAUGGAUUCUGGUGUUGAUCCGAUGGCAUUAAUGUCUCAGUUAGCUGGACUCAUAAUGGACAUCAUUGCUGGGACCUAUAGAUUAGCUGACCCUACGAGCGGUGAAGGAAACGGUGGUCGAAAUAUAACUGAUGCCGAGUUAGAAAGAUUGCAACAAGCAUUGAAGAUUCUAUCUGAUGCUGAAAAGCAGUUAAGACUAUCCAGUGAGCGUUCGACAUGGUUCACUGCAGCUUUGCUCCAGCUUGGUUCAGGCCGUGAUUCAGAAACUCAUUCUAGAAGCAGCAGUAAGCAAAGCGGUAAAGCAGCUAGUGAGACCAUGUUGGACGCAGUAAGAGAAUCCUCUGCAAGCAGGAGUGCCUCUCAUCCAUUGUUCACUAUUCGUGGUUCAAGGAAUGCAAUGGACCACAGAACAGCGAGUGGGCACUCAAGUCCUCAUGGUCUUGCUUCGUUAUCUUCCCGGAUGAGGCCCAGUGACAACCUAAUUUAUGGGCAAUGUAGAUCUGUUGAUAGAGUUUUACUGGAUUCUGCUCAAACAAGAAAUUCUACUGAGCAGGGGCCUAUAAUUAAUGGAAGCUCAGACAGCCUUGUUCAAAUUUGGAGAGCAUGUAUAGAAAACUGUCACUCUAAGACAUUGCGGCAGCUACUCUGUGAUCAUGGGAAACUAGCAUCCAUCAAAGAAUAUGAAGGCUAUUUAGUUGCUUUCAUAUCAUUUGAGGACAGCAAAAUAAAGUCUCGAGCUCAAAGAUUUGUGAGCAGCAUCAGAAACUCAAUGGAGACAGUACUGAGAUGCAACGUGGAAGUCAAAGUCGGUUUAAUGUCAGAAUUUCUUGCUGGACAACUCAAGCUUGAGAACGACCUGGAAGAAAGAGUUGAGUCUGAUGUCUUCAGUUGCUCAACAAGCAGUGACCGACUAAAGGGAAUUCUGAACCCGCCUAGAAGUUUAGGUUAUUCGGAAGAAAUCGAUAAAAAGCUGGAGAAAUACAGCAAUGCUUCAGCUGCUGGUGGAGGAGUGCAACCAGAUAUCACUCAAGGAAAUACAGGAAUGCAUAGAACUAGAGGGCAAGAAGUCCCCACCGAACGGUCAAAAACAGCAACUGUUGAGGAGCAAAGGUUAGAGAGUGCAUGGCUCCAAGCUGUUGAAAAACACACACCCGGUGCGAGACCUGAGAAAAAUCAAGUUGUGCCACAAACUGGUGAUGGUCAGUACCAGAGGAAAUCCUCAAUGGCGACUGUUGUGCCCUCAAGGAAUAUUGACAAGGAUUUGAGUAAUGGAUUGAGAGCUUUAAAGAUCAGUGACAGUCAUGGUCCCCAGAAGGACCGAAAUGUAGGAAGGGAGAACGGAUUCGUUAUUUCACCAAGCCUCUUGCACAGCAAUAAUGAUUUGGCAAAUUGUGACAACGAGAGUGUUGUCUCCGAGUCUGGAGCACCUGGUUGUCAUGGCCUCUUCCCCUGCUGGAAAACUGAAAAAUCAAAAAGAGGAAAGGCAAAACGACAGACUCGUUUGAAGCCAUCUUAAUCUUGGAAUUUCCGAAAUGACUACCGUUGUCUGCGCUAUGGAAGACAGUUGCGAAACUCAAGAGAUUGCAAGACAACCAAUCGGUAAUAUUAGGUUGUGUUUGCAACCUCUAAUCUUUGCCUGAUGCACUCUGCUGAUGCAAGACCGUGGCCAUUUUGACACAGUAACUUGGCAGAGCUAAGUUUUGGUUGCUGAGCAGGACCGUCAAUAGGAAUGCAAAUAUCAUAAAAUCGAUCUUGUCAAUCUGUGGUUCUUUUAUUGUUAUACAAAAAUUUCAAUAUGUAAUCCCUCGCCAAACUGCAGAGCUGAGGUGGGUUGCUGGGAAACAUUAGAUAGUUUAUUGAGCAAGCUUAUUCUAGGUUUCUAGUGUUUUGUUUCUUGCAGAUAGUUGUUUGUAUUUUAAUGUACUCGACAGCAUUUCAGUACGCAUCCCUUUGGUUAUUGUGGCAACCA